CGGAGAACCGAAACACGCACUUUGACAGCAGCACAUCCGAUGCGAUGUUCUUCCAGCGUUAAUGUUGCGGCCGUUGGUACAAAUCGGGGAUCUGUUGCCGAAUAGUCCUGCUCGCAAGCAUUGCAACUGGCCGCAGUUGGUCGUCAUCGCUGAACUGCGGCCCACGCUGUCAGAUCCCGGCCCACGCACCGCACUGACGCAAGUAACUGCGAUUUUUAAAAUGCCAGCGCGCUACAAGCGGCGAUUUGUUUUAAAAAAAAUUCAGCAGCGGAGCGGAGCAAAGUAAAACGAACGGGUCGCUCGUUUCUCCCGGGGAGAGGGCGAACGCGUCCUGGGCAGGCGCGGGGGGAGGUUUGUCGGUUGGCGCUCGCCGUAGCGCCCGGUUGCCUAGGCGACGGCCUCAGCGCCGGGUGACGGAGGGCCGGAGCGAAUGACGGUCCCCGUGCGGCGGCAGCUCCACCUCCUCCCGGUCCCGCCCGCCACCAGAGCCGGUGGAUGAGGCUGCGUCCGGGCCGCUGCGUGUCCCAGAGCGGAGAGGGAUAAAACAAAAACAUUCCCGCAGGCCCGGUGGAGUUUCGGCUGGCGGAGGCCGGGGCGAUCGGGACGUCUCAGCCCAGCUGGUGAUCACUUGGCUUGGCGGGAGGGAGGGAGGGAGCCGCAGGCGGCGCGACCCCGACUGCCUCCCGUUCGCCGGUGGAUAGGGACGGCCAGAGCAGCGGGCGAUGAUGCCGGUGUUGCCCGAGAACCGCUGACCUUCCUUCCCCUCCCCCCCCCCCACCUUCCCUCCUCUGCCCCCUCCUCUCCAUCCCGCACUGAUUCCCGUCCUUCCCCCUCCCACUCCCUCCCGAACUGACAUCCCUCACUGCCCCCCCCCCCCCCCGCACUCUGCUGCUCACCGGCAACAAAAUGAUGGAUUUCAACCAGGAGAAUCUGUUCGGUCAGAUAGAAGAUUUACAAGAACUUAGUUUCAUUGAAAGACCCGUGCGGAGAUACCUGAAGACACCAGAAGAGAUAGAAAGAUUGACAGUUGAUGAAGAACUCAAUGAUAUUGAAAGGGCUGUCUAUCUUCUGAGCAACAGCUCUCAUCAACACUGCUACGUGCGAAAUUGGGGUGGCGGGAGUGUUGCAUCAUAUCAAUCUUCCCGUUCCUUCAGUUCUUCACAGGCCCUUGGAGACUUCAAUAGGGAGAAAAUUGUGUUUCAAAAAUCCACUGAGGACAUCAGUUCUGGCCAAGAUGUGCAGCGAACCAGUGUUGUUGUUAAUCUACCAAACCUGAUGCGACAGAAUACUUCCGAGACUAUUCGAAGAGUGGUGCCAAAAAUCAGAGAGGUACUCCAUGUUGCAGGGGUGGAGAUGCAGUUAGCUGCUGCAGUUUCAUUUCUUACCAUCUUACAAGAAGAGUUAGUUUCCAUUGCAGCUUAUAUCCACUCCUUUCUCCCAAUUAUAUUGGUAAACCUGGAUCACAAAGACACAGUGGUCAGCAAUGCAUGGUUGGAGACUCUCCUGACUGUAAUCAAUGCUUUACCAAAGGAAACCAUCAGGCAAGAGAUUUUGUCUCCACUGGUUUCAAAGGCUCAAUUAUCACAGACAGUCCAGUCACGCUUAGCCAGCUGCAAAAUUCUGGGCAGAAUUGCCAGGAAAUUUGAAUCGCAUGUAAUAAAGCGUGAUAUUUUGCCUCUAGUGAGAUCACUUUGCCAGGAUGUAGAAUAUGAAGUUCGCUCCUGUAUGUGUCGACAGCUGGAAUACAUAGCACAAGGAAUUGGUGUUGAACAGACGAAAAUUGCAAUACUUCCUGAGUUAGUGGAGUUGGCUAGAGAUGAAGGGAGCAGUGUACGCAUUGCUGCAUUUGACACCAUUGUUAACCUACUUGUGAUGUUCGAUAGUGAUGACCGGACUCAAAUUAUAUUUCCCUUGGUGAUGAUGUUUUGUGAAAAGUCAUUCAAAGCAGAUGAGACUAUCCUUGCACCAUUGUCACAUCAACUGGGGAAGCUCUGUCAUGGUCUCUCAGGGAAUUUAACUGAUGAGCAACAUCUAUGGUUUUUGGAUUUCUACAAGAAGUUCAGUACAUUAGGCCUACAACAUGAAAAUGGUCAAAGUGAACACUUGACUCAGUUCUAUGCAGCAGAAAUGGAUGCAAAAUAUGCUUCUGUGAGACAGAAUUGUGCCUACAAUUUGCCAGCCAUGAUACUUUUUGUGGAUCCUAAAUGUUUCUACACUGAACUUUAUCCCACUUUCUCAACCCUCUGUCACGAUCCUGAAACUCUUGUCCGACGAACGGUUGCCACUGGCUUCCAUGAAGUCAUUAAGCUGCUAGGCUCCGGUGUUCAUGUAGUUCACAAAGAAUUGAUUGCGCUUUUGCAAGAUGAAUCAUUAGAGGUAUUGGAUGCCCUGCUAGAUCACCUUCCUGAAAUUCUAAGAUUUAUUAUUACAGGAGGAGACCAUGUGGGAACAGAGAAUAAGGUACAUAUUCCUGAUCUGAUUCCAGCUCUCUCAAUGGCUGAACAAAGAGCUGCCACCUCUUUAAAAUGGAGAAUACAUGAGAAGCUGUUGUUGACGUUUUCCUGUCUGCCACAAGUCAUUUCAAGUGAUCAGAUAUACUACAAGUUUUUGCCCAUAAUGUUUAGAAUAAUGACGACAAAUAAUGUCCUCCCAGUCCAAAGAGCCUCAGCCAGAACCCUCUGUGUAUUUGUUCGGUACAACCGUAAACAGGAGCAAAGACAGGAAGUAUGCAGUAAACUCAUUGAGCAACUUGGUCAAGGAAAAAGUUGCUGGAAUCGGCUAAGAUUUCUUGACACCUGUGAAUGUAUCAUGGAUCUAUUUUCAAAAUCCUUCUUCUGCAAAUAUUUUUUCCUGCCUGUACUUGAACUUUCAAAUGAUCCUGUUCCUAAUGUAAGGAUUAAAUUCUGUUACAUGCUGCCAAAAUUGAAGUCUGCAUUGAAACUGCCAGCUGACAAACAUCUUCUUCAACAACUUGACCUUUGUGUUAGGAAAUUACUGUGUCAAGAAAAGGACAGAGACGUCACUGCUGUAGUGAGGGUUAUCACGUUGGAAUUAGAUCGAAUAGAAACUAGCGUGGAAUGUUUUCCAAAAAGGUUGCAAGAGAAAGACUUGCUUGAUCACAAAAAGGAGAAGGAAGAAAAUUUACUUUUAGAAAUGGAAGACAUGGAAAAACGAGAAAGCAAGACAGUGAAUGAAAAGAAAUUGGUUUCAUCUUUUAACAAAGAUGGGAAGAAGAAGAACAAAUUAGGUCGUAGUCGUUCACUUGGUGGUCGAGUGGCACCUCCAAAGCUAAUCUCUGAUAAACCCACAACGAAGCUCACUACAACAUCUAACUCUCAAAUUGUUACAACUACAAAAAAUGCCCUGCUGUCAUUUGAUGGAACAUCCCAGAGUCAUUCCUCAAGUUCUGCUGGGUCUUCCAAUCUGCCAUCUUGUUCUCGUUUUUAUUCACCUAAUUCCAAUGAGCAAAAGACAAAUGGGAGCAAAGACACCCUUCCAAAGAAGUUUAACUUGAAAAGCAGAAAAUCAAACCCUUAAUGGAAGAAAAGUUGCAUUCCAUGGUCAAUCAUUUCAUGAUGUACAUCAGUGACUUCCUUAAAGCCAAGUUUCAGUCAGUGUUCACUGAUUUUGCAAGCUGUGAGGAAAUUAUGUAUUUUUCUGACUGGUUUUGGAGAAGAUUCAUUCCAAAUUGAAGUAAAGUGUAUAUUUGUGACUCCACAGAAGUAGCUUAUUCUUAUUUUAUUUUCCAUGCCAGCUGUUGUUUGAACAUUUUUGCAUAUAUCCUUGUUUGCUAUACAGUGCUCAAAAUUCAUUCAAAAAGAGUAUUACCUAAUGUUCACAAUCACCAAUUUCUCUGAGUAGCAUUAUGGAUUUAAAAAAUUGUAAGUUAUGUCUCAGCACCCUGUUUUCUAUUUUUGUGCUUGCUAGAAAUGUAAAGGAUUUGGGAAAAUGAUGUAUCCACAUGUACUCCCAUACUUGUCAGGAAUGUGCUUUUGCUGUAGGUGACCACCAUAAACAACCAAGAUUGUUUCAAAUACCAGGAAACAUUUACUUUUGCUCAAUUUUGAAUGAUAUGUGGAGCUUUUAGCUUCUUCCUCUUAGAAAUUAAAAAGAAUAUUUGUCCAAGUUGAAUGAUUUCAAAUGUGACACCAAACUAGUUAAAAUAAUAGAGGUUUAACAUAAACAGUUGAACUAUGAAAUAAGCUUUGAAGAGCUGCAUUUCCAUCAAAUCCUAGUUUACUGAAGAAGUAGCAUCACGCAGUUUAAUCUGCCUCAUGUUCAGUGAUGAAUUUGCUAAAUUUAGUUUAGCCUCAGAUGAGCAAAUUGAGAGUUUAGAACAUUUUCCUAAGGAGCAUGUCUGCCUUUUGUAUUGAUUUUACUUGUCCUUUGAUUGGAAAAAACUUAUUCUUGGGACAAAUUAAGGGAUUUUUGGAGCAGUGUCUUGGACUCCAGACAAAAAAAAUUCGGUUUACACAACAAAAAAGAUACAUGAAUAGAAUAUAUAUAGAAUAGAAUACUAUUAGGGAAAAAACCUUUUCAAAUAAAUAUAUGUCAAAUAAUAAAAGAGCAUUCCUUUGGAUGUAGAAUGUUGUUUGCUAAAUUAUUCUGGCAAAAAUUUUAAAUGUCCUGUUACUUUGUAACUUGUUUAUUUCUCAUCAAAAUCUUUGGAGUGGAGGUUAUUAUUUUGUCUCAGAAGGUAUGCCAUUUUAAGCAUAUUUUGGCAAAGACUAAUGUAAUGCAUUCAUGCCUCAUACCUUCAGAACUGACUCAGUUCUGGCAAGUCUAGAUUGUAUUUCAGCCAACAUGCCAUUAUGAGUGCCAGCUGAAGAUGAUGUAAAUCUUCCCCAUGGAGCAUAGUUCACUCUUGCUAGCACUGGCUGGCAUCAGCUGCAUCAAUUUGCUCUUUCACUGUUAGUGCGAUGAAAAUACCAGUGUGUCGCCCUUACUGAAGAUGGUUUAUAAUGACAACAUUAAGUGACCCAUACCAGUUCUGUUUUCGGGUAAUUCAAGAAACCUAUAAAAGUCAUUUAGUGUUUAUUUUAACAAUAGUGCAAUAAGUACUAGCUGUUAAAACCUGAAUGUAACAACUUGCCUAUAAAUCUUAAGUGUUUCUCUUUGUGUUGUUUUGAAAGGUAAAGUUUUUUUUUAAUGAAGCUUAGCACACUGUGCAGAAGCUGCACACACCACAUGAUGUCAUGCAGGAUAUCAGUAUUAUCAAUUGUUAACCUGCGUUACUAUAUAGUUAGAGACAGCUGUAUGUAUAUUUCAUGUGGUCUGUCUUCCCAUGUUGCAACCUGAUGACAAUUUUGAAAUAAUUUCUGGUAACCAGAGAUUUGUAAUAAAUUUUCAGUAUUGAAUUUGAUUUCUCAUUGUAAAAUGUUUAGGAUGCAGUAUAUUUUAUUUUUCUCAAUGAUUUUAGGAUCUGUUAUUCUAAUAUUUGAUUUAAAAUUAUACUGAACCUUUUUCCAUCUUUAAAACUGAUACUUACCUUAAGAUCAGUUAUUAUCCUUUCAUUUUGCCAUAGAUUGUAAAUAACAGUGUAUAAUUACAAGAGUUACAUUGUAAGCAUGUAAAAGAAAUGCAGAUAUAUUGUUUUUAAUAAGGAAAAUUAAAACUAUUUUAAUUUUUAUUUUGUUUAGCAUGUCCCUUGAUUUUUUUAAAGCUAAUUUUGCAUAAAUUCCUUUCACAUGCCUACUGUGCUGUCUUGAUACAGGAAAAUUUAUAAACAGUGUUAUGAAGUCCUUGUGCAUACUGGUGUAAAUAUGGCCUUAAUCAGAUUGAGCUAUGCAGUCUAAAAAUCUGGCUUUGUGAAAAUCUUUAAAUAGGUAAUGUCAUUUUGAGUUCUGUUACAAUUAUAUGUUACAUAUUCUUAAAUAAAUUAUAAACUCUAAAUAGAAA